GCACUUAAAGAAAUAGAGUCUAACAAAAUGGAUUCCAUUAAAAACCUUGAAUGUACCUUAAUGAAUUUAAAUUCAGAACUUUCUGCAGCCAAAGAUUCCUCCAACGCUUCGGAUGAAAGAUGUUCAAAUAUUAUUAAUGAGCUGGAAAACAAAUUAAAGAAUACACUUAAUAUUCAAAUGGAUAAAGAAGAAAAUAUUACUAAUCUUGAUGUCCUUAUCUCGGAAUUUGAAUUUGUAAUUCAAAAACCACAAUCAGUACUUCAAACAUCAAAGGCUCACAGUGAAGCCAAGUUUUAUAGAGAUCAAGUUUUAGUCUUAGAAAAUCAAACCAAACAAUUAGAGUCUGAUAGGGUGAAAACCCUUGAACGAGAUGCAACUCUUGAACAACAAGUUGAACAACUUCAAAAAGAUCUUGAAAUAUUAUGUGAAGAAUUUUUACAGAAGGUAGUCAUAUUUGAAGAUAAUAAUACACUAUCAAACCAACAAAAGCAACGGAUUGUUGAAUUGGAAACUGUUCUUGCAGAGACCAAAAAAGCCAUUUCCACAAAUGAUAGAAGUUCGAUUUCUACACGUGCAAAAGAACGUAUCUCAGAAUUAAACGCCAAAAUCAAUAUUUUGGAAAGUGAAUUAGUUCAAUUUAGAUCAGGAAGUAUUGACAUUAAUGAAGAAUCCGUCGAAAGUUUGAAAUCGAAGAUUCAAGAACUUCAGUCCGAUAAGGAUAUAUUAGAACAAGCAAAUUCAACUGCGAUUGAAGACCGUAAUAAACUCGCUCAUAAGAUCGAUUUAUUAAUGCAUCAAUUACGUUCUGUUGGUGGUAACAAAGUUGCCCAACACAUAUCUCAACUAAAUGAACAAAUUAUUAAACUCGAAAAAGAACAUGCUCAGUUAAAACAAGAUUCUUUAGACGAAAUUAGGAACAUGGAAAAGGAGAUUACACACUUGAUAGAACAUAACAGCCGCUUAGAACAAGAGAUCAAAGGCAUGGGCGGUAACGUUCCAAAUAUUGACAAAAUCGGCUUUGUUGCAGAGAUGGUAUUUCCAUUUAUUCUAAGAUCAGCCGUCAAGAUGCAGCAAAGUGCACUUAUCAAAACCCUUCAAGAAAGGAUUGUAGAACUUGAAAACCGAUCUUUUGAUGAACCAUAUGUUGGACCAGAUUUAGAUGCUGUUGGUGGUAUGCGUAUGUCAACAAUGUCAUCAUCAUCUAAUUCAUUUAAUUCAUCAUCGGAUACCAAUAAUAAGAAAAAUCAACGACAUCCAAGCCUUCCUAAACCAUCUGUACCACCACCAAAUCAGCCUUUCCCUCCAAUUCCUCAAAAUUCUACACCAUCACGCACAAGAAAUAGAUCAGAUUCAAUAGUAUCAUCAGACCUUUCAUUAGAAAUUCAGAGACUACACAAGAAGAUUGCCGAAAUUGAGGGUGAAAACUUACAAAACCUGAAACUUGUGGAAACUCUUGAGGCUUCAGUCGGUGAUAAUGAAAUAAUUUUUACGUGUAGAAAAACAACAACUUUCAGUAUUACAGCGCGAAAAAACGGAUUACCUUGA